AUGGCAAAAACCAAAUUGCCUUCCAUAGCAGGCGACCCACCAACUCCCGGCGCCGGUGGCGAUGCACACAGGCGAUCGAGCACCCGUAUCAAGCAGAUCCUGGCUAGAGAUAAAAGUAAACUCAUACAAAAAAAGCUCGAUUUCGAAAAGACCAUGAAGCCAACUGGAACAAGCAAGGAUCUCGGCAAAUCCCGACACAUUAGAAAGAACAAUAACCCAGAUUCCGACGACUUUCAGUCGGACCAUGGCGAAUUGCAUCACAAAGAUGCUCGGAGACCUAAAAAAAGAAAGAUUUCCGAUGCGGCUGGAGCAGAAGAGUUGGGGGAUCCAAAUUAUCAUGCUGAAGAUGAAACACACGCUGUAGUAGAUGAUUCUGAAGGCCAAUUGAGUGAUGAAUCUGAAGAUGAGCAAAUAUCGGGUAUGAAAUUCAGUAAAAAAUUGAAGGAUGGAAUCCGAGAAGAUGGACGUCAUUACAAAAAAAAGAGGACAAAAGAUAGCAGGACGGUAGGAAAUACAAGUGGGGAUGCUCAGACAGGCAAAGUAUUCAAGGAGUGGGAAUUGAUCAUACCAAAUCCCAGGGAUUUAAAUGUCAAGGUUCUAAACAGUAAUGACAACAGCAGAGACGGUUGUACAAUAAAUGAAAUCAAGCGAAUCCUUACAACCGAGCAGUUACACUUGUUUAGAGAAUCUGCAUUUGGUAAGUUCUUAGAUCUACCACACUGCAAGGUUCAGAACCAGCUUGUCAAUCAGAUUCUUUUACGGGAGGUGCACCAAUCAAGGAGCGAUGAACUUUGGCUUGACUUUGGGGGGCGGUUGUUUCGGUUUGGCAUAGAAGAAUUUGCCCUGAUAACAGGGCUGAAAUGUACAGGCCCUUGCAAGAAAUUAAAUAUUCCUCAAGUAGCCGAUGGAAUGUACGACAAAUUCUUUUCUGGCGUUGGAUUAAACAGAAACUUCAUCCGGUGGCAGUUUCUACAAAGAUAUUGGACGAACGAUGAAGAUGCUGUCAAAUUUGCCAAGUUACACUUACUUGCAAAUUUUUUAAUGGGGUCUCAAGACACUCUUCGGGUAGACAGAUGCUACAUUGACAUGAUUGACAGUGCCGAUUGUGACGAUUUUGAUUGGGGAACCGAAGUGUUUGAGUUCACGAUUCACCAUUUGAAGAAAUCCAUCCAAUAUCGACAACAGAUCCAUCAACCCGGGAAAAUCCUUAGUAGCACCUACCUCUACAGGUGCUAUGGGUUUAUUCUUGCGCUCCAACUUUGGUUCUACGAGGUGUGCACUUCUGCAGAAGGUGUCAUUUGCACAUGCCGUAGCAGAAAUGACAUACCCAGAAUGCUCAAAUGGGAAUUCAAGAACUUGAUACCCACCGACGAAGAGAAACAUACGUUGUUCAUCAAUGAUUGUUUCAAUAGCAAAAACGAGUUGAAUCGUGAUGAAAUCCCGAAAACCGCCCACCAUCAGCAUAAAACUGAACCAGACAUCAUAAAACGUCUUGACACACUUAACCAUGAGGUUGAAACUCUGAAGCAAAUGUUCCUUGAUUUUUCCAACCGGGUCUUUGCAGAAUUUGCCUUAUUCAAGAAAAAAUUCAAUGUUGGUCAGAAUAUAGAUGAAAAUGUUUUUCAUGAAGCAUCUGCUGGAUUUGACAAUGGACCUCGUGAAGAAGCAUCUGAAGUCCCUCAUACAGAUGAAGAAAAUCAAACGGUCUAUCCCAAAUCAUCAGAUGUUGUUAUCGAUGAACCGAGACAGGAUGUUCCCGAGCCUACUAUAACGGCAACAAGAACUAAAUCAGAAGCUCUAAUGAAGCGUGCCGCUGAUCGUAAUGUUGCUGAGCCUAUUGUAGCGGCAACAAGGACUAAAUCCGAAGCUCUUAUGAAGCGCGCCGCUGAUCAUGUUCGUGAGCCAUCUCCACCAGUUUGCGGAGAUAUGUUUGAUCAAGUUGACCUAUUUUCUCCGCUCACAACGCAAUUUCUUGAGGAAGUUGAUAGAACUACUGAGGAAAAACUGAGGAAUGCAUCAAAGGGCAAUGAACAGGAGAUCAUAACAAAAGUUGUGCACGAGGUGGGAACGGGGGAAAUUGGAAAGACAAACGAAGCUGAAACUUCUUGCCUCGACGUUGUACUGGUACCAAACCCACAAACAACGCAUAUGGGGACUUCAAAUAAAAUAGAAAAACUCAAGAAACGCCGUCGUGCGAGGAAAGGAAAUCCGCAAUCAAAAUCAUGUCCGUUUGACGUUGAUUUCUGGGAAAACACUGAAAGGACAGACGAUUUUGUGAAGUGGUAUAUGACGGGUAUGCUCAAGACAUCGCGCAAGUUUAAAGACGGAUUCGUUCGCUUUGGUGUGAGAACCAAAGUUUUGAACCCACCAUUUGACUUUAACGUCGCCGUUAUAUGUGACAAAAAUUGGUUUUACACCCUCUACGAGUCAGGAUGCUUCCUUGAUAGCAGUCACAUGGAUGUCUUGUUCUACUAUCUACGGAAGAUUGGUGUGCAUGGUACUAGUGCUGAGGUUAGGUACACGACGACUGAUGUGAUGUUUGACCAACACAUAAAGUCGUUAUAUGCUCUAUAUAAGUCACAGUCGGGCAAUACUGCUCUAUGCAGUGUUUAUGAUAUUAUCACUGACUACAUUAUGGGUUAUAGACUUAUAUGCGGGAAGUCAUGGUUUGAUGUUGAUCACAUCUUGUUUCCGAUGCACGUACAACUCAAUGAUGUUGGUCAUUGGAUACUGGGUAGAUUGUCAUUCAACGAUAUGAAUUUUUGGGUCUAUAACUCGUACCAGUCGGUUGAAUUUGAUGAGAUUGUUCUAGAAAGUGUGCAGGCAUAUGUUACAUUGCUUCCAAUUUUUCUUGCCUUGGUCAAAUUUUACCAAAAAAGGACUGAUGUCAACACUGAUGCUGGGGGUCGCAUACCAUCAGACGUUAACAGUCCAUUCGAGGUUUUCAUGGCGGCCAACAUCCCACAGCAACAGGAAAGCGACUGUGGUGUUUUUGUUGCAUCUUACGCUGAGCACUUCAUAACCGAUGUUGACAUUACUACGAAGAAGUUUAAUGUUGAUAUCGAGCGACAAAGGUAUACCUACUUGUUGUACACACACGGCAGAAUGAAGCAGGACAAUGGUUAUGAAAGUGAUGAUGACCCUCCCGGAUCAAUGCCCGAUGACGCAAAUCAGCUAACAGAAGAAAACCUACUUGCUGCCCGGGGUAUCAACUUCUCUCGUAUUCUCGAAGCUGUGCCGUAUGAGGGCAGUGGUGACAAAAUCAAGCUGCCUCCAUCUUGCUUCACUGAGCUUUCCGAACAAGGAGCUUUCGACAAGGGACCCCUUCAUUUCUCCUUGUCCUUAAUUCAUCAAGAGACCCCACUUUCCCCCGAGCCUUCUUCAAAAGAAAACAGAACAACCCAUGCGGGCGUACUCGAGUUCACUGCUGACGAGGGCCUCGUGGCCUUACCCACCCACUGCUGGAGCAAUUUAUUCUCCGGCCCUCCACAUUCCGCUACUGUGGAGGUGCGGUACGUUUGGCUUCCGAAGGGGACUUACGCAAAGCUUCAGCCAAUCAAGCCUGGAUUUUCGGACAUCCCCAAUCACAAGGCGGUCCUUGAGACGAGCCUUCGCCAGCACGCGACUCUUUCAGAGGGUGACUUGCUGUCUGUGGGCCAUGGUGGUACCUUGACGUACAAUCUGCGUGUGCUCGAGCUGAGGCCUUCCCCGAGUGUGUCUGUUUUAGAAACUGAUAUCGAAGUCGAUAUUAUCGAACCGGAAUCUUCCGAGAGAGGUGAUCAGCACGUGCUGAAGCCUCUCGUAUUCGGAAAGCCAGAGUCGGGAGCUAUUGAUGAAGGUAACUAUUUCUACUAUAAAUUCUCGGUUGAUGAGGGUACUUGGAAACGAAUUUCGUCCGGGGAUAUUAAAUUUGUGAUUAAAAUCGAGCCACAGACAGUAGAUGGGGAUAUUGACCUUUACGUUUCGAGACAUCCUCUUUUGUUCCCGAAUUCACACCAACACGUUUGGUCCUCUCAUGACGUGGGCGCGAAGGAAUUAGUGCUCGGGGCAGAGGAUCGCAAUUUCGGGCCGGGAAAUUACAGUAUUGGUGUGUAUGGGUUCAAGGGGAGUUCAAAAUACUUGGUGUCUGUAUCUGUUCUUGAUGUUUCUAAUCAAAAGCAAGGCCAGCUGGCGAUGACAUCAUCGUCCUCGGUUGCUGAUGUGGAUACUAUCGAAUGCCGAAAUUGUAGACAUUAUGUGCCGUCAAGGAGCAUUGCCCUUCACGAGGCGUACUGCAGCAGGCAUAAUGUAGUCUGCCGGCAUGAAGGUUGUGGGGUGGUUCUUAGAGUUGAGGAGCGUGAAAGGCACGUGCACUGUGGAAAAUGUGGGAAGGCUUUCCAAAGGGAGGAGAUUGAGAAGCACGUGAAAGUUUUCCACGAGCCACUCCAUUGCCCUUGUGGGGUAGUUCUCGAAAAAGAGGAGAUGGUGCAACACCAGUCCUCAGAUUGUCCAUUGAGGCUAAUCACGUGCCGGUUUUGUGGAGAUAUGGUUCAGGCCGGGACUUGUGCUAUAGAUGCUCGAGACCGAAUGAGAGGAUUAUCAGAACACGAGAGUUUAUGCGGGUCGAGGACUGCGCCAUGCGAUUCUUGUGGCCGUUCGGUGAUGUUGAAGGAUAUGGACAUACACCGAAUUGCGGUCCAUCAGAACAACUAA